AUGGUGGAGGAGGUCAGGCGGGGAGGUCUAUCGCGAGGGGGCAGGGGUGAAGGACACAGGCAGUCAGGUAAACCGGCCGGACGCCCGCCUGGGGACAGACAGAUCAGGCCCGGGAACCCCGGACACACAGCAAACCCCUAUUCUUCCAACCCGGGACCCACGCACCAACAGCCAGCCAAUCACAUUCAGCAGCAGCAGCAGCAGAGGAGGCUGAAGGAGCGCAGCUCCAGCUCUGUGCCAUCUGAGGACACCCACAUUGCCAUGAUGGUUUUUCGCAUUGGCAUCCCAGACAUAAAGCAAACGAAAUGUUUGCGAUUUAACCCCGAGGCCACCGUGUGGAAGGCCAAGCAGCAGGUGCUGUGCUCCCUGACCGAAUCUCUGCGGGACGUCCUGAACUACGGCCUUUUCCAACCCGCCACCGACGGCCAUGACGCCAAGUUCCUGGAGGAAGAGCGACUGCUCAGAGAGUACCCACAGUCCUUUGAGAAAGGGGUACCAUAUUUGGAGUUUCGAUACAAAACCAGGGUGUACAAACAGACCAAUCUGGAUGAGAAGCAGCUGGCCAAACUGCACACUAAGGCCAGCCUGAAGAAAUUUAUGGAUUAUAUCCAAACCAGCGCUGUCGACAAGAUGGUAAAGUUUAUCGACAAAGGCCUUGACCCCAACUACCAGGACUCUGACACCGGCGAGACUCCUCUUUCCCUGGCAGUGCAAUGUGAGCCGGGUGGAGGCGAGUCCAUUCGAGUCCUGGUGGAGGGAGGGUCUCAUAUCGACUUUCGUUCCAAAGAUGGACUCACUCCGAUACACAAGGCUGUUCGAGGCCACCGCCAUACAGCCCUGCUGGUCCUUCUGUCUCUCGGUGCGUCACCUGACUAUAAGGACCGGCGGGGGCUAACGCCGCUGUACCACACUGUGCUGACAGGGGGAGACACCUCCUGCUGUGAAACACUCCUUUAUCACCACGCCAAGCUGGGCAUCAGGGACGAGAACGGCUGGGACGAGACACAUCAGGCCUGUCAGAAUGGAAACUCGCAGCAUCUGGAGCAUCUCCUCUUCUAUGGUGCGGACUCUUCCUCCCAGAAUGCCUCUGGAAACACUGCCUUGCACAUCUGUGCUUUAUACAACAAGGAAAGCUGUGCACGAAUUCUCCUCUACAGGGGCGCAAACAAAGACACAAAGAACAACAGUGGGCAGACCCCCUUUCAGGUGGCGGUUGUGUCUGGCCAUUUUGAGCUGGGAGAAAUAAUCAAGAAUCAUCGGGAUACAGAUGUGGUUCCCUUUGUGGAGUCUCCAAAGUACGCCCCCCAGAGGCGGGAGAGUGCCCGGACUCUCACCAUACCCCACCCACAUCCCUUUCUCCGAGCCAACAGCGACAGCAGCAUGAACCUGCCAGACUGGAUGGCAGUGCCCAACGCUCCGGGGACCAACAUCGUCUCUGUGCAGGGCUAUAAGCAUACAGGCACCCUGAGGAGCUCCAGCAGUCCCAGAGGUGCAAGAACGCGAUCCCCAUCCAGAGGGCGGAUCGGAGACAAGGAGGACCGCAGCAGGCAGAGUCGGAGGCAGGGGCCCGCCCCCCCCACCAGCACAGCUGUACAAACUGCAGGCCAGCGGAGACGCCUCUACAGCGCCGUCCCAGGACGAGUCUUUGUAGCUACCCGAUCACACUCCGCCCAGGGCGAGCGAGAAAUCAGCUUUAAUAAGGGAGACAGGGUCAAAGUGCUGAGUGUUGGCGAGGGCGGGUACUGGGAGGGGACGGUCAGGGGUCGCACAGGCUGGUUCCCCUCCGACUGUGUGGAGGAAGUGAUGCUUCGAAGCCAAGACAACCGAUCAGAGAGCCGUGGAGAACGAGCCAAAAGGCUUUUCCGCCAUUACACUGUGGGAUCCUAUGACAGCUUCGAUGCUCCAAGUGACUACAUAAUCAAGGAGAAGUCGGUGCUCCUGCAGAAAAAAGACAGCGAGGGUUUUGGUUUUGUGCUGAGAGGGGCCAAAGCUCAGACUCCUAUCGAGGAGUUCACACCCACCCCCGCGUUCCCCGCCCUGCAGUACCUGGAGUCAGUGGACGAGGGAGGCGUUGCCUGGAGAGCCGGUCUCAGGAUGGGGGAUUUCCUGAUAGAAGUCAACGGUCAGAACGUGGUGAAGGUCGGUCACCGACAGGUCGUCAACAUGAUUCGGCAAGGUGGCAACAGCCUCAUGGUCAAAGUUGUCAUGGUGACCCGCAACCCUGACAUGGAGGAAGGUUCGAGGAAGAAAAUCCCCCAGCAGAGCAAGAGGCUGAGCACGCCGGCUAUUGCACUACGAUCCAAAUCCAUGACUUCUGAGCUGGAGGAGAUGGUGGAACGAGCUGCUACCCCUUGGAAAAAAAAAUCAGAAUUCGAAUCCUCCCAAGUUACAGAGAAGAAGAGGACAGUCUAUCAGAUGGCUUUGAAUAAACUAGAUGAAAUUCUUGCAGCAGCUCAGCAGACAAUCAGCACCAAUGAGGCACCGGGGACACGGGGACAGGGGCCUAAAAGAGACAGGGGGCGGAGUUUCUAUGGCAAUGAGACAAACUAUGGGGAUCAGUCCGGGAUGGGGAUGAUGUCAUCUGGGCUGGGCCUCGGCUAUGACCGUAGCCAGUACACCUCAGGUCACGCCCCUCCGCACGGUAUGCUGCGGCAGAAAUCCAUCGGGGUGCCUGAGGAGGAAAGGCAGUACCUGCAUCCUCCAGCCAUGAAGUUUGCUCGCAGUCUGUCAGUGCCCGGCCCAGACGACAUCCCCCCACCGCCCACCACAGCUCCACCGGAUCCCCCGUUUUCCUCUGCGCCACCACUCGGUUGGAGAACUAAGACGUCGCAGCAGCCCUCUGUCUCCGUGUCCCAGUCCACAGCCACAUCUUCGCACUACCAGCCCUUCUCCCAAUCGGUGCACUUCACACAUGGGGGCAGGGAGAGGGCUGGUGGUGCCAACACAGGCCCCGGGGGUGGAGCAGCCGACCACACGGUCCCAUAUGCACACGCAGCAGCCCACACUGCUCAAAGCAGGACUGCUUCGCGGAAGGUUGCCUAUACUGGGGAGCCUGUUGGAGCUGGCAUAGGGGCAGGUGGAGGGGCCAAGGCCGCAGGUCUCAGGAGAGGCUAUAGCACCGCUGUCCCUCCAUCCAGCAUUGCCACUGUGAUGCCCCAGCAACAACAGACCACCCAGAGUCAACCCCAGCGAGCAGACCGCAGUGCAGCAGGGGCUGGAGCAGGGGGUCCCAAAGGAGGGGCCCGAAGAGGUAAGGGCCCCCUGGUAAAGCAAUCUAAGGUAGAGGACCUUCGCUUGACCCAGGGCACACUAGGGGGCAAAGGCUCGGUCGAGAAAAGCUCCAUCCCCAUCCCCACUAUUAUCGUCAAGGCCCCUUCGACCAGCAGCAGUGGACGCAGCAGUCAGGGGAGCAGUGUGGAGGCAGACGCUCCUGCAUCAGGAGAGGCAGAAGAAUCCAAAACACCCCACGGUCCGCCUCCCUCGACUCCUGCUCCUCAGCCUCCUGCACCGCCUUCCAUCCCGGCACCACCACCUCCUUCAUUGCCUUCUAUGCGAGCCCAAGAAAACCUGGAUUUCACCAGCCAGUUUGGGGCCGCGAUCGUCGGUGCGGCGCGCCGAGACAGGGAGCGGUUUCACGAAGCCCGCCGGAAGAGUGCCUCCUUGUUCAUGUCCGCUGAGGAGGACGUGACGAUCGGUGGAUUGAGUGAUGGGCUAGGGGGAGUCAGCAGGACUCAGGUGUCACAGCAGCAACUUAGCACGGGGACUGAGAGUUCAUCCAUACGGCUGCGCCCGUCCAAGUCUAUUGAUGAGGGCAUGUUCUCUGGGGACACCUAUAUCCAUCACACCCGCAGUAUGCCACCAGCCUUUGGACUACCUGAGUAUUCCUCAGCUGCCGUGGAUUAUCAGCCCAAGUCUGUGCCCACUGACUUGUACACCUCAGGCAGACAGCCAGCUCCCUCCACUACCACCACCUUCAUUCACCCUUUGACAGGAAAGGCCCUUGACCCCACAUCCCCACUUGGCCUGGCCCUGGCUGCCAGAGAGCGAGCUCUGAGAGAUGACAGCAGGUUAAGGAGGGGAGCAGAGCACCACUUCACCCGCCAGAUGUCCAGUGUCGUGUUUCCUUCAUCUACUGCCACCGCUCAGCCCGUAUCGUCCUCAGCUCAGUCCUCCAGCUCCUCCUACCUGGUCACCUCGUCUUCUCUGGCUGCCACCACGCCCACCGUUGGCCGCCCACCGUCACCGAGAAUCCUCCGAGGAGUCGUGUGGAACGAGGAAGGUGGUGGCGGUGGAGAGAGGGAGCGGGAAGGAGGAGGGGCUCGGGAGGGGCUCAGGGUUCGCUUUUCCGAGGACAAAACCGUCCACACGCACCACUACCAGUCUCAGCCAUAUCAGCCGACCUACAAGGAGAGGGAGCGGGAGAGGUCGAGGGAGCGGGAGAGGGAUCUGUCGAGAGAAAGAGAGAGGGACAAAGAGAGGGAGGGGUACAUGAGGAGGGCAGAGCAGGCUGCUGCUGAUAGCUCUGCCCAGCAGGCAGCCCAGUCUCAGCAGCCUCGGAGGCCCACUUUUCUCAGGAUGGAAAGUCAAUCUGAUGCCUAUAUCUUGUCUCUCACCCCUCCCUCCCCUCCACCUACCAGUACUCAGCAGACGAACACUACUGGGAGCUCCGGGACAGGCAUGAUGGUUCUUCCUCCCCCGGCCCCUUCAGUUGAUGCCGAUGACGAGUUUGUUUACGCGGACCCCCUCCCACCUCCGUUAGAGUUUGCGAACAGCUUCGACAGGGGAGUAUCAGGGUACUCACAGCGUGCGAUGCUUGCCAACAGUCUGACCUCCCGCCAACAGCAGGUCCCACCUCCGCCCCCUCCUCCCCCUCCGCCGCCACCUCCCCCUCCUCCUCAGAAAGACACAUUUAUAGGUGGGUUUCCCGCUCACACGCCCCUGCCCUCUCCGCAGGCUGGGGACUCCACCGCCUCCAGCCUCACUUCGUACGACAGCGAGGUGGCUAACCUGACUCAGUCUGCCCCGUCUCCCUCCCAAACGUCUCCCAACCCCCAACCCUCUCACUCUCCCUCUAUGCUGCAGCCCACCUCCACAUCUGGACCUCCACCUCCCCCGUCGGUCUCACCACCGCCCCCUCCCGGAUAUCAUAGACCCUUCUCUAUGUCGCACCCCCAUCACCUUUACAACAGCUCUCACACUUCUGGGCGCUCUUCCCCGACGCCUCCCCCACACACGGUUGCCCCUCCCCCGGCGUACCGUGGCUCCCACGUGCCCUCUUCCACCGCUGCCACCUCUGCUCCGAUUAGGGGCACUGCCUCACACGCCACGACCGCUAGCUGUGCCGCCACAACCACCGCCGCUGCCACCACAACAAGCACCUCCACUCAGCUCUAUCAUGAGCGAACGCACACCGCACAUACUCCAUCCUCCGCCGCCAUCACAGGCAGUCGUAGGACAGGGGAGCACCACCGUCCUCCCCCCUCCACCAAGAAAGGAGAGUCCCAGGAGACAGUGGUGGACUCUGGGAUCGAAGAGCUGGACAGUCGGAGCAGCAGCGACCACCACCUGGACAGCAUCCUGGCUGGUGUCAGGGGGGACAGGCCUGACCGGGGGGAGAGAGGAGGCGGACGCAUGGGAAGUGGGGCGGGGGAAUCUGAAAGGGGGGGAGAUUUUCUGGAGUCCUACAUGAGCUACCUAGACGGACAGACUUUUGAGAUGCAGAACGCUACAGCAGCAGCCUCCACCUACCCGAAAAGCAACAGGUUUAGAGAGGGAAGUCGCACAAGUGACUUCCACAGACAGACUAGCACCGCUCCGGCAUCCUUCCACUCCCACAGACGGAGGGAGGAGCAGGAGGACGAUGAGAUCGAGGAGGGAGUGACGGAGGAUGAAAGCGGCCAUGAUGGGUAUGGGGUUAGGGACAUGCAGAAUUUGGGACGUCCCAUUUCGCCUUACUUUGACCGCCCACGCACUCCUGAGAUGAAGCCUAUGUGGGAUGAGGGGAAUAUGAGCGGGGACGGCGGCCAGUCAGGGACAGUUAUGGGGGGGAAGAAGAUUUAUCCUCCCGCAUCCAGUAUGAAGCCGAGCAUCAUAAAUGAGCUGAACAACAAACUGCAGCAAAGAACCAAGGACAGCUGGAGCAGCCAGAGAACACUGGGCAGGCACAGAAGCAGAAACAGAUUUUCAGAAGACUCCGCCUCAGCUCUGAGCCCCCCCUCAGUUCGUUCUCAGUCACCAUCUCCGAUCUCUUUAUCCCAGCCCUCGUUAUCCCCGUCCCCGACCCCCGCCUCCCAGUAUCCAAUCUGGGGACGAUCUCCGUCUCCUCAGCCUCCAGCUUCCUCUCAGCCUCCCCGUUCCCAUUCCCCACUGUCUCCCACAACUUAUUCCCCUUACCCCACUUCCCCCAAACACAGACCCGUCUACCGGACCAAAGCCCUGGAAUUCCAAUUCAUCCCCAGUCGAGAGUCCCGUAAAGCAGAAUCACACAUACUGCAGCGUAGGCGAGCACCCAGCCCCCUGAUCUCCCCUUCAGAGAGGCCCAAGCUGGGUCCACCGCGGCCAUCGUCCCUCCCACUCCUCCCCACCACACCCUUAUACAGUGCCCUCUACGACCUCCGAGGUUCAAUCACUCCACCCUCACCCGGGAACCCCCUCGGCGAUCCUUACUUCUCGCCCUCUCCUCCCCUGUUCGCCCCCUCUGGUGCCCCUCCUCCUCCAAACGCCGCAUUACUUAUGUCUCGGUCCCUCUCUCCAACUCACUUCUUAUCUGGGACCUCUUCACCGCCCCUGCAUCCCUGCCCUCCACCUACCUGCCUGAGUUACCCCCAUUUACCUCCCCCUUCCCCUACAAAGCCUUUUGCCUCCAAGCCACUGCCCUACUGGACCAAGUAUGACGUCGCUGACUGGCUAGGAUACCUGAACCUGGGCGAGCACAGAGAGCGUUUCCUGGACAAUGAGAUCGAUGGCACCCAUCUGCCCUCUCUAACUAAGGAUGACUAUCUGGAUUUGGGUGUGACGCGUGUAGGCCAUCGCAUGAACAUUGAGCGGGCCCUGAGAAGUGUAAUGGACAGGCUGUCCAGCAGCCCAUUUCCCAUUUCUGUCCUCUCACCCCGGGAGGGACAGACUGAGAGGAGGAGGGACGACGGGAGCCGAAGCUGAAGUUGCAAAAUACCGAGCCACAAACUAGAGAGCGAAAUAAAGAGAGAGAAGGAGGGUUUGGAGUCAAUGAGGGAGGAAGACACAACUGCUGGUAUUCAUGGUGGAUUCACACAACAAAUGAGGGGGGAACAGAUUUCACACUGAGGAGGGAGUCAGGGUCCAAAGGGGAAUGGAAACAAGUCAAAAUUGGGUGGACGAUCCAUACACACACUGGCUUGCCCUCCCUAGUUGUGGCGGGCUGAUUUACACACUCCCAACAUGUGUGUAUGGCCACACCAACCAACAAAGACGCACACUUUCAUCCAAAAUGAGAAAACCUUGGCUACAGCAGAAACCCUGAGCGAAGGCUGGCGAUAAAACCGAACCAAAUACUUCAGAGGAACAAUCGAAAGCCACUUCAUUCCCCCCCCUUUUUUUUUUUUUUUUUUUUUUUUUAAGGUAAAGCUGGUUGUGUUGUUGGGAGAACUGGAGCAGAUAAGGUUCAUCGUGGUGCCAUCGUUUUUAGUCAUCCUCUGUCCCCUCAGCUCGCCGGUUAAAUCUGUUCAGGUUCAAGGCAUGGAAUUUUACGAAGAAGAAAAAAAGAACGCAAUCAAUGAGAAACCCUCCUCGUAUGAGUGGAUUUUUUGUUUUACAAAUGCUUGAGAGAAUAUCAAAGAAUGAAUGUCUGCAGGAAGUGGGGCUUUUUUUCUGUCUGCGUGUGUGGUGAACAUAGAACGACACAUCGUGGCGGCCUCCUCGUCUGUUCGAGUGGUCAGCACAGGUAGAUAACUCGUGUCCUAAUGUGUCUGGCUUCGAUUGGUUAGGUCUUGUUUUUACCUCACCACUGGCAGGGCUCUGUCCUCACUGCAGGUCCUUAUGUGCGUCUCUAUAGCUCUUUAUCAUCUUAAGUCUUAUAAUGACAGACUAUAUACAGACUGGUCACUGUAUCACAAAUUUGUAGCAAAAAUAAGUGCCCAGACCAACAAAAAGAAAAACAACAAAAAGAAACACACCCACACACAGGCACCUGAGUUACUCCUAUACAUGCCUGCAUGCAUACACCAACAUGUAGACACACACAUAUACACACAAGCACUCACAAGUGGUUGUGUUAAGAGUUUAUGGGACACCUUAUAUAUAAACACACACUUUAUAUUCGGAUCUAAGAUACACAAAAAGGAGACGGACUGUGCUUUCAACUGUUAAGACGGGAUACGCGAGAAAUGUGCAAAAGGAAAUCUCCCUGAGGAUUUGACCCACCGAGAAAGACUUCCUCAGCGUCAAGGCAACUGUUGUUCGCCCGCUCAGACCUUUCGCUUUUUGGAGGGAGACUGAAAUUAAGGAGAGGGGACGGGAAGAGGAAAAACUGCCAUUUUCUUGCUCUUUCCCACCCAAUCCCCCCCUCUCACUCUCGACUCAAUCCUGGAGGAAAAAAAAAAAAACCCGGCCAAGAGGGGGACCUGAGAGAAACGCUUCUAUCAAGUUUUAAUACUCUGAUUCUUCUUACAAUUUUUAAAACUUUAAAUGGGAAUACUGGAAUAUUGAUAUGAAAAGAAUCUAUUGUUACUAUUUCUCAUUACUAUCAUCGUCCUUAAUGUUAUUAUAGAGAGUUCCCUGGCACUCUCAUGCAGUCUUUUCUGACUGUCUAGUGAGGAUAAUCGGAUAUAAAUAAAGAAAUAUAUAUGUAUAUGUAGGUAUUUUUGAAUCGAAAGAUGCAUUUGAUUUUGUGCACUGUACCCUUAUCAUAGCUUCUUCCUGUCAAGAAGUAUUGCAACUCUUAAUGUGAAGCACAUUUCUUAUUCUGCCUUCUACUCCGUUUUCCUUUUGGUCAGACCUACAAGCUUUAAUCAAAAUAUCAGCCUCAAAUUAUGAUUUCAUCACAACUUUAAAAGUGAUUUUGUUACAUGCGAAUGCUUAAAAUGUAGCCCACAAUAAAGGCAAGUAAAUAAUCUAUUUUUCAAACGAAUACAUUUCAAAAAGACUCUAUUUAAUACCGGAUAAAAGCCCUCUUUGAUCGCUUGCUUGCUCACACUGAUCUCCUUUUCAUUUCCCUGUCAUUUUUCACUGCACACUUCCAUCCCAUGACAAGCUCAGUCCUGCUUUUCUCACUGUUGCUGAGAUCAAAUCUAAAGGGCUCUCUUCAUGACCUCUCUACCUUGAACAACACUUCACCUCUCCUGCUGCUUCCAAGUCCUCCAAACACAUAUCAAGCGUGCGUUUUUUUUAACAUCAAGUUCACUCUCCUUCCUGCCUGGCUAAACUCAAUUUCUUUCUUUGAGGAGAUAAAUUAGUUUCCAUAGAUCAUGUUGCUUAAAGUGCACACACACACACACACAGAUACAUAUAUAAAGGCUACUUUGGUAAAAGCUCAUUCAAAGGGAUUUGUCUCGUGGGUUGAUUUUAUGUCGAGAGAUUAUAUUUGAAUGCAAGAGAAAUAGCAAUAAGGACGAUGAAAAUAAUGGUCAUCUAAUUAUGGUUUAAGAUGUAUAAAAAAAAAGUCUCAAAAGUUCUAAAGAAUCUCUGUCUUCCAAAUAAUGUUUAACAUGAAGAAGGUACAAUGUAUUUAUUUAAUUGUUCUGCUUUCUAUACAGUUGGACCUGUUCUCUGCACCACCUGAUCCUUCCUAUCGUUAACGGGCUUACAGGAUUCAUUCAUUGAAGCUUCUUGUGUGUGCAGAGCGCCCCCUGCAGGCUCAUUGUUUAUGACAAGCAUCUUAUGCAAUGUCCCUUUUUACAUUAGCAACUACGGCUUCUCACGCUUCCCUUUAGAGAUUAUAAAGAAGCCAAAGAGGUUCGGGUUUUUUUGUUGUUGUUGAACAAGUGAACAAGCAGAAUCCGCAACCAGAUUCGUCUUGUUUUUAAUCAGGGCUCUACAAAGAUGCUAGUGUAAAAAGGGCCGUUUAAAACAUUACCAUAACAUCUAGUGCGGAUACAAUAAUUUCCUCGUCAAGUGACCCGUAAGGGAUUUUAAGUCUUUCUUUGCAUUUACAAAUUAUAAAUCCGAGUGAGCGCUCAUCGUCGCCGUCAGUAGAAAAGAUCUUUGGGAACUGGUCGCACUCUAUAGAAAGCAUUUAUUUUCCUUUAAGAGAUCUUUUAAAAAAAUGAGAAUAUAAACUGAUGAAAGGUCAAUUACAGAAUAUAUAUGUAUAUGUGAUGAGCAUAUACACAUUCAUAUAAACAUAUGAAUUUCAAAUGUUUUAAGAGAUAAUACAUUGUUAGAAUUAUAAUAAAGAUACAGAAACUAAGUUGUAA